UUUAUGUUAUUCUCUUCUCCCUCUCUAAGCUCUCCAGCUUUAAUUUCUAAGAGAUUAGAAAUAGACAUGAAUCUAUCCAUAAAUGGUCAGUCUCAGGUCCCUCCUGGCUUUAGGUUUCAUCCUACUGAAGAAGAGCUUCUUCACUAUUAUCUCAGAAAGAAAGUCGCUUUUGAAAAGAUAGACCUUGAUGUUAUCCAGGAAGUUGAUCUCAAUAAGCUUGAGCCAUGGGAUAUUCAAGAGAAGUGUAGAAUAGGAUCCACCCCUCAAAAUGAUUGGUACUUCUUCAGCCAUAAGGAUAAGAAAUACCCGACCGGAACCCGAACGAAUCGUGCCACGGCUGCCGGAUUCUGGAAAGCGACUGGCCGUGACAAGAUCAUAUAUAGUGGUUUUAAAAGAAUUGGGUUGAGGAAGACGUUGGUUUUUUAUAAAGGAAGAGCUCCACACGGUCAAAAAUCUGACUGGAUCAUGCACGAGUAUAGGCUUGACGAUAACACUUCCAAUGAGUCUAAUGCUCCCAUUGGAGAGUCCGUGGGUGAGGAUGGAUGGGUGGUUUGCCGUGUAUUCAGAAAGAAGAAUUAUCUGAAAGCGCUAGAGAGUCCAAAAAGUUCAUCUUCCACUUGUCAGACACAUAUGGUUUGCUCAGGAGGCAACGAUGGUGUUCUGGACCAAAUUCUUCAUUACAUGGGACGGACAUGUAAGAUGGAGACCGAUUCAUCGACCAACAAAAGUAAUCCUUUAAUGUUUGUUCCAAACAACGUAGGAAUGAGCGAUGGGUUCAUGCAUCUCCCCAGGCUAGAAAGCCCAACUCUCCCUUCUCUCUGUUACCAGUCAAUGGAUGAUAUUAUGACCGAAACCGAACCCGGUGGUGGUUGUAGCGGUGAUGGUGGUAGUAAUAAUGAGUGGGUCACACUGGACCAACUGGUAGCAUCCCAGCUAAGUGUUGAAGUAGAGACAAGCAAGCAAGUAUUAUCAUGUUAUAGUGACCCUAAUGCGGUUUACAGUCUUUGUCACGAUGAUGGUAUUCAAUUAUCGCAUUUAAAUUUGCAGAGAUCAAAUCAAAACUCACAGCUCUACUGCAACGAUAAUGAUCUAUGGAGCUUGACCAAGUAAUCGUCAUCGCCAUCUUCAUCAGAUCAUCCCUUAUGCCAUCUGUCGGUAUAAUACAUGUCAUGAUCAUCAUACAAUAACAUGACUUUGUUCAUUGCUCAAGUUCUCUCUUGAUUAGGUAUAUGUUGACUAUAUAUACAUAUGUAUUUGCAUUAAUAAGGGUGAGAUAUGAGAUGGGGUGGCAUUGUCAUGUCAUUUAUACACUUUACUUAAUAACCAU